CUCUUGCUGGAUACAUCUUGGCAUGGCUGUGCGAACUACAUGUAUAUGUAUACCUAGGUACGUAGCGAGCAUCUGCCUGGAAAUUGUUCCAACGGAACAGCGAACUUCAACUAUCAUGAAUGAAAGAUUCCCGUAUUUGCCCUUCACAUCGAAAGAUCGAGACGCUAUGCGACUUCCAUAUAGAGCUAUAGUAGCCAGAAGUUGCGCACAGGCUACGCAGACCUGGCCGACAAGGCAAUGAUGACGCCAGCAACAGUCCUCGUGCACAACCAUAGCUCCCUCCAGACACGCAUGGAGCCAGGAAAGUCUCACGUGACAAAUUCUCGAUGACAUCAAUGUAACGGACCAUCAAUUGAUUACUUGUGUGCGUGAAUGUCUUUCAACAUAUUAUGUACCCUUACACAUGCAAUCAGUAAACAAUAUGAGUCAUCAGAGCAUAUCCGUGAAUAAGCGGUAGGGAAGUGAGCGUCCAGGAAUGAUGCAUUGCGACAUGAAGACAUUCACUAAGAAGAAGGCACGGACUCCAAUGCCAAGAUGAGAGGCUCCGACAGCCGAUGGGCAAAAAGCAGCCCACCUAAGUUUACGACGACGAACGAGCUCGCCGCCGCCCACCAAACAACGUCCACCGUUGAGUUUUUUUCGAAUACAAACGCGCGCAACCCAGCUAGCUCGUGACACUCAAAGAUUGCUCUUGGUGCUAGCAAUGGUGUGAAAGGCGACCGCGCAUCACCUUCAUCGUUCCAUUCCACCACCCUCAACAGCACCGGCCCCAGCCGUCGUUUGUUGACCCGCAAAAUUACUUGUACUUUCCCCUUCCUUCCUGCAUAUAGGCGACCUUACCACCGCUCUCGUCCGCCCUGCCGCCAUGGAGGGCGCUUUCACGCAUGUGGGCAACCACCUAGUCUCUGACUCUGCGGCGACGAUCAACGCUGGCGCUGGCGACGAUGAGAGCAUCCUCGACGGCGACCUUUCUCGCGGCAUGACAUCCCGACGCCGCCGAAUGGACGACGAAGAGACCGAGGCCUACGAAGACGACGAUGAUAUGGAGAGCUUGGUGAGCAUGCCUGUAGAUGGCAAGAAUGGCAAAACACAGAAGGCGGAGGAGGAAAUUGAGCUUCCACCUCAUGCAUGCGCUUACUGUGGCAUACACAAUGCCGGCAGCGUGGUCAAGUGUCUAGCCUGCAGCAAAUGGUUCUGCAGCGCUCGCGGCAAUACUUCCUCCUCACAUAUCAUCAACCACCUCGUUCGCGCUCGCCACAAGGAAGUCCAGCUCCACCCGCAAUCUUCCCUCGGAGACACCAUUCUCGAAUGCUACAACUGCGGUAUCAAGAACGUCUUCCUCCUUGGCUUUAUUCCAGCCAAAUCUGAUACUGUGGUCGUUCUGUUAUGUCGCCAGCCGUGCGCAGCCAUGCCUUCGCAAAAGGAUAUGAACUGGGAUACUUCGCGCUGGCAGCCGCUGAUUGAAGAUCGCUCGUUUCUUCCGUGGCUCGUGCCCCCACCCACCGACCAAGAACAACUCCGCGCCCGCCAACUGAGUCCCCAACUCAUCGCUAAACUCGAGGAGCUGUGGAAGGACAAUGCAAUGGCCACUAUUGCCGAUCUAGAAAAAGGCGCUGGUCAGGAAGAGGCAAUCGCCAAGGUCUUGCUCCGUUACGAUGAUGCUUUCCAGUAUCAAAACGUCUUCGGUCCGCUUGUCAAGAUCGAGGCCGAUUACGAUCGCAAGUUGAAGGAAUCGCAGUCGCAAGAUGGACUUGUAGUACGCUGGGACAUGCCAUUGAACAACAAGCAUACCGCUAGUUUCAUGCUCCCAAAACUUGAGCUGGGCGAUGUGAAGCUUGCCGUCGGCGAUGAGAUGCGUUUGAGGUAUUCUGGAGAGCUGAGACCCCACUGGGAAGGCGUGGGCUACGUCAUCAAGAUCCCCAAUAAUCAGUCCGACGAGGUCACUAUCGAAUUGCGCAACAAAGGCGAUCACAAAUCCGUACCUACCGAAUGCACUCAUAAUUUCAGUGCCGAUUAUGUCUGGAAAGCUACUUCCUUCGACCGUAUGCAGCAUGCCAUGAAGACAUUCGCAAUUGAUGAGAUGAGCGUUUCAGGAUACAUCUUCCACCGUCUCCUAGGUCAUGAAGUAGCCUCUGCACCGAUGAAAAUCCAGCUACCCCGGAAAUUCAGCGUUCCAGGGCUGCCGGAGCUCAACGGUAGUCAAAUCAAUGCUGUCAAGGCUGUACUGCAAAAGCCACUUAGCUUGAUCCAAGGUCCUCCAGGAACGGGAAAAACCGUCACUUCCGCAACCAUCAUCUACCACCUUUGUAAGAUUAACGGUGGACCCGUGUUGGUUUGUGCGCCUUCCAACGUUGCUGUUGAUCAGCUUUGCGAACGUAUUCAUCGUACUGGGCUGAAAACAGUCCGCAUCACUGCUAAAUCCAGGGAAGAUGUUGAAUCGUCCGUGGGAUUCUUGUCUCUCCACGAGCAAGUUCGCAUGAAUGACACUAACGUGGAACUGAACAAACUCAACCAGCUCAAAACCGAUAUUGGAGAACUUUCCAGCCAGGAUGAGAAAAAGUUCAAGCAAUUGACUCGGGCUGCCGAGCGCGAAAUCCUUAACGCCGCGGAUGUCAUUUGCUGCACCUGCGUCGGUGCGGGUGAUCCGCGGCUCUCUAAGAUGAAGUUCCGUACAGUUCUCAUCGAUGAGUCGACUCAAUCUGCCGAACCGGAAUGCAUGAUUCCGCUCGUUCUCGGCUGCAAACAAGUCGUAUUGGUCGGUGAUCACCAACAGCUUGGGCCUGUCAUCAUGAACAAGAAGGCCGCGACUGCAGGUCUCAAUCAAUCCCUGUUUGAGCGUUUGGUCAUCCUCGGUUGCUCCCCAAUGCGCCUUCAGGUGCAAUAUCGUAUGCACCCAUGCCUAUCUGAAUUUCCAUCCAACAUGUUUUACGAAGGAUCUUUGCAAAACGGCGUGGGACAGCAAGAGCGCAUCCGCCGAGAUGUUGAUUUCCCGUGGCCUGUUGCAGACAACCCAAUGAUGUUUUGGUCUAACUUGGGUGUCGAGGAAAUCUCGGCCUCCGGAACAUCCUACCUCAAUCGUACAGAGGCCCAAAAUGUCGAGAAAAUUGUCACUCGCUUUUUCAAGGCUGGUGUGCAACCCAGCGGGAUUGGUGUCAUCACGCCAUACGAGGGACAGCGUAGUUACGUGGUCAGCUCCAUGCAAGCUACUGGCAGCUUCAAGAAAGAGAACUAUAAGGAAGUCGAAGUUGCUUCCGUUGAUGCCUUCCAAGGACGUGAGAAGGAUUUUAUCAUCCUCUCUUGUGUUCGUUCCAACGAUCAUCAAGGUAUCGGUUUCUUGAGCGAUCCUCGCCGUCUCAACGUUGCGUUGACACGUGCAAAAUACGGUCUCGUGAUUUUGGGUAAUCCCAAGGUGCUCUCCAAGCACCCUCUUUGGCAUUACCUGCUCAUCCACUUCAAGGAGCGCAGUUGCCUUGUUGAAGGUCCUCUGACGAAUCUACAAGUUUCGCUUUUGCAAUUCAGCCGACCCAAACAAACCUACCGAGGCCCACAGCGUUACCAGAUGGCUUACCAGCAUGCCAAUGCCAUGACCUCUGGUCGUCAAACUGGAGCGUAUAAUGGAAACAAGCGCCAAGAAUACAACGAUAACGGUUCUAUCGUGGGCUACAUUCCAGAUGACGUCUCCUCUGUCCACUCGUCAGCACUUGGCGGUGUAGGCGUGAAUAUGCCCUCCAACUAUCCUCCGAUGUUUGCCAACUUCCAGGAGUCCUGGCCCUUGCCUGGCCGGGGUGCGCCGGGCAUGAAGGGAAAGAGCGGGGCUCCAAGUAUUGCGGGCGAGUCUGUUGCUGCGAGCGAGAUGACAGAUACCCGUAGCAGUAUCGCAGAUGGGCCAGGCGGCAUCAGUCUCACGGGAUUGAGCCUCAAUGACUACAGCAAGCCCACGUCUCUGAGUCAGUCAGACCGCCUCAGUCGUUUUGUCGAAUCCACUCGUCGCCCGGAAAACGCGCCAACUGCCUUCGGGGGCAACCGUGGGUUGCGAAGUGGCUUCGAUGACGAUGAUGCUCGGAGCGUGUCGACGGCAUUCGCAAGCCAAAUUGGCGGGCCUGCAAAUUACGACUGA